AUGUCGUGCAAAGCCACCGGUGACCAUGUGAAGCGGCCCAUGAACGCUUUUAUGGUGUGGUCGAGGGGCCAGCGACGGAAGUUGGCCCAAGAAAACCCGAAGAUGCACAAUUCGGAGAUAUCCAAGAGGCUGGGCGCAGAGUGGAAGCUCCUUUCGGAGGCCGAGAAGAGGCCCUUCAUCGACGAGGCCAAGCGGCUACGUGCCCUGCACAUGAAGGAACACCCAGACUACAAAUACAGGCCGAGACGGAAGCCCAAGCCCCUGGUCAAGAAAGAAUCGCCCUACUCUCUGGGCCAUCCCUUCGCAGCGCCUCCGCCCCUUGAGCCCUUGCAGCGUUAUCUACCUUCUCUGGAAAGCGAGAAAGCUGUUACAGCUAGGACAUUUCCGUUGGCGCCCCUGCCGUAUGUCUACGACACAGGACUGUCUAAACUGCGCUCGGACAUGGGGCUGAUCAAGGGCCAUGACGGGCCGCCCCUGUACAGCACAGCCAGCUCGUUACUCACUUCUCUUUCGCAGUCUCACGCAGCUGCUUUCGGGCCCCCUUACGCCCUGUGUGGCUGUGCCCCACCCACCUACUUCCCUCCGGCCCCGGGGCCCCUACCCCAGCCGCACGAUCUCCGAUCCCCGUUCGCCUACCUGUUCGUCAAGCCCGAAGAAAGGUUCCAUCGGCACUCUAGUCCGCCGACGCUUCCGCCCAGCCCGAUGGUGUAG